AGGUGUUUCAUGGCCAUGAAUCUCCUUGUCUUGGUUUCUGGGUUUAUCGCUUUGGUACUGGCAAUCGUAUGGCUUCCAAUUUUGGACACCAAAUGGUGGUCUGCUGUGAAUUCCCCGGUGGUUGCGGAUUUGGUGGUGAAGAACGGGACAAUAUACACCAGUGAUUCCUCUCUCCCCUUUGCUGAAGCCAUGGCCAUUCGGCAUGGAAGGAUUCUUCGUGUUGGCAACUACUCCUCUCUUCAGGACUUUAUAUUUGAUGGGACUAAAGAAUUAGAUCUUAAGGGGAAGGUUGUGGUUCCAGGGUUCUUUGAUUCCCAUGUGCACAUGAUGUAUGGAGGAUUACAGAUGGCACGGGUAGUACUUCGAGGUGUGAAUAGCAAAGUUGAGUUCGUAAGAAAGGUCAAAGAAGCUGCAAGAGAUAAGCAUGAAGGGUGCUGGAUAUUAGGUGGUGGCUGGAACAAUGACCUUUGGGGAGGAGAGUUGCCAGCAGCGUCUUGGAUUGAUGAUGUCACACCUAAUAAUCCUGUUUGGUUGUCAAGAAUGGAUGGUCAUAUGGGCUUCGCCAAUUCCCUGGCCCUAAAGAUUGCUGAAAUUACUAAUUACACCGAAGAUCCAGUUGGUGGAACUGUCAUGAAAAACUCCAACGGCGAACCCACCGGUUUGCUGAUUGAUUCAGCAAUGCAGCUUCUAGUUCCCUUGAUUCCUGAGGAUUCAGUAGAAGAGAGGAGGGAUGCUAUGAUACGGGCAAGCAAAGUUGCUUUGAUGAAUGGAGUGACAACAGUUGUUGAUGUUGGGAGAUAUUUACCUGGUGCACCAGUAGAACCUCCUUGGGAAGAUUUUUCAGAUGUUUAUCAAUGGGCUGAUACUCGGGGAGAAAUGUUAAUCAGGGUUUGCUUAUUUUUCCCUUUGGAGACAUGGUCACGUUUACACAAUCUUAUCCAGAAGACAGGGCGGGCCUUAAGCCAAUGGAUUUACUUGGGUGGUGUUAAGGCUUUUGCUGAUGGGUCCUUGGGUUCCAAUUCUGCUCUUAUGUAUGAGCCUUUCGUGGAUGAACCCCUUAAUUAUGGUCUACAAGUAACAGAACUAGAUAUUCUAUCCAACAUGACAAUGGAAGCAGAUAAAUCAGGGCUUCAGGUUGCCAUUCAUGCCAUAGGAGAUAGAGCAAAUGACUUGAUACUAGAUUUGUAUGAUUCUGUGGCAUCUUCAAAUGGAAUGAAGGAUCGAAGAUUUAGGAUUGAGCAUGCGCAGCAAUUGUCUCCAGGUGCAGCAGCACGAUUUGGUAAACAGAGUAUCGUUGCUUCAGUGCAGCCAGAGCACCUGUUGGAUGAUGCUGAUUCUGCGGGAAAGAAACUGGGAGUUGAGAGGGCCCAAAGAGGAUCAUAUUUAUUUCAGUCUCUCUUGACUAGCAAUACACUCUUAGCAUUUGGUUCUGAUUGGCCUGUGGCAAACAUUAAUCCCUUGGGUGGGAUCAGGACUGCAAUGAAAAGAAUACCUCCUGGCUGGAAAGAUGCUUGGAUCCCAUCAGAAUGUGUUACAGUUACUGAUGCUUUAAAUGCGUACACCAUUUCAGCUGCUUAUGCUUGUUUCCUCGAUGAAGAGCUGGGAUCCUUAUCCACUGGAAAAUUGGCAGAUUUUGUCUUAUUGUCCAGUGUUUCAUGGGAUGACUUUGCCACAGAAGCAUCAGCAUCUGUUGAGGCAACUUAUGUUAGUGGUGUACAGGCUUAUCCGUGACACCAUUUUGGUGCAACCGUGCAUAUAUGGGAAGGACAGUUUGUAAAGAAAACACUCCUGUGCCAUAGGAAAAGGGAACAGGGGAUGGAGUGUUGAAAUUUGAGUCAAAUCUCUCAGUGCCUGCAGUAACCUGUGACAAAUGUGCACCAUAAAGUAUUGCUGGCUUAUAUGAAGAAAAUAAGCAUUUGUGGCAGGAUUGUACUUACAA